GUUAGUAAUGAACAAUGAUUGUGUUAAUAUUAAUUGCUUUAACUGUAUUUUUUUACCUAACAUACCGUGUAAUAAAUAAAAAAAUAUGUUACUGGGAGAAAUUAAAAAUACCGUAUGCGAAACCAAUUCCUAUUCUAAGCAAUUAUGGCGAAUACUUGCUUAUGAGAAGAUCUAUGCCAGAAGUUGCUCAAAUGUUAUGUCGUAAAUUCCCCACGGUACCAUACUUUGGCGUUUUUUAUGGAACUGAGCCUACGCUUAUAGUACAAGACCCGGAGUUGAUGAAACGCAUUGUAAUCAACGACUUUUAUUACUGCAAUGGCAGGGAAACAUCUGCGUACACUAACAAGGAAGUUAUCACCCAAAGUUUGUUCUUCGCUCACGGCAACAGAUGGAAGGUGUUACGACAAAACUUAACACCAAUUUUCUCAACAUCAAAAAUGAAGAAUAUGUUCUAUUUGAUUGAAAAAUGUUGUCAUGCGUUAGAGAGCAUGCUUGAUUACGAGUUCAGCAGGAGCCAAGUCUUUGGAGUUAGGGCGCUGAUGUCAAGGUUUACAAUGGACAGCAUAGGUACGUGUGCCUUUGGUGUAAACACGAAAACCAUGGAUAACAAUUAUACUGAUAAUAUCUUCACUUACAUUGGAAAUACCCUAUUUAAGGAUACUUAUUAUAGGGGUUUCAAAAUGUACGCUAGAAAUAUUUGGCCAGCUAUAUUCUAUGGGCUUGGAAUGAAGAGUUUUCCUACAGAAACUGAUAUUUUUUUCCACAAGCUGUUGGUAAAAGUGUUUUCUGAAAGAAAGUAUAAACCAACAGGAAGAAAUGACUUUGUUGACCUUAUUCUUAAUUUUAAGAAGAAUAAAUACCUCACUAGUGAUAAAACGAUGAAUAUAACAGAUAAAGAUUCAAAUUUAGAAGUAAAUGAUGAAUUUCUCAUUGGCUUAUCUAUGGGUCUCUUUGCGGCUGGCUUCGAAACAUCAUCUACUAUACUGCAAUAUACACUCUAUGAGCUUGCAAAGAGUCCAGAAGUACAAGAGAAAGUACUUACAGAAAUUGAUGAAUACUUGAACAGAUACGAAAACAAAUUGAACUACGAGUGUGUUACAGAAUUACCGUACGUCCAGGCUUGUAUCGACGAGGCCAUGCGACUUUAUCCAGUGCUUGGUGUUCUUACACGUGAGGUGAUGGAGGAGUAUACUCUCCCUUGUGGCGCGGUGCUCAAUAAAGGAUUGCGCAUUCAUAUCCCAGUGUACCAUCUACACCGACAUCCCGACCAUUUCCCUGAACCUGAAGAGUUUCGUCCAGACAGAUUCUAUAGGGAGAAAAAUAACAUUAAACCGUAUACUUAUAUGCCAUUUGGUGAAGGGCCUCGACGUUGUAUAGGUAUGCGUUUCGCGAAGAUGCAGAUGAUGGCAGGAAUUAUAACAAUCUUCAAGAAAUACCGCGUAGAUUUGGCUGAAGGCACACCACGUAAGCUACGAUUUACACCAACAACAAUGAUAACCCAACCUUCAAAAGAAAUCAAGCUGAAGCUCGUAAACUGUAAAGGCGAACUGAGGCCGACGGCAUUAGAGCAGUCCUUAGAAAAAGUAGUCGCCCUGCGAUACGCGGCUCGCAGUUUAUUGUCAGUAAAGAUGGAGUUAGUACUCGUAGUUUUAACAGCGAUUUUGUUAAUAGUCUACUACAUCAUUAAGACUAGAAAUAAUUACUGGAUUAAACGGAACGUACCCUACGCGAAACCAGUAGCUGUUCUAGGUAAUUAUGGUGAAUAUUUGCUUAUGAGAAAGUCUAUGCCGGAAGUAGCCCAAUCGAUAUGUCAUGAAUACCCCAACGCGCCAUACUUCGGCGCCUUCUAUGGAACUGAACCUACGCUCAUGGUUCAAGACCCGGAUAUUAUAAAACAAAUUCUAACGAAGGAUUUCUACUAUUGCAGCAGUAGGGAAAUCUCAAAUUAUACUCAUAAGGAAGUUAUCACCCAAAACUUGUUCUUCACUUUCGGAGAUAGGUGGAAGGUGUUACGGCAAAACUUAACUCCACUCUUCUCAUCAUCCAAAAUGAAGAGCAUGUUCUAUUUGAUUGAAAAGUGCUCUCACACCCUGGAAGACAUGCUUGAUUAUGAAUUCGGUAAGAGUCCUGUUUUAGAAAUUAGGACACUCUUAGCCAGAUACACAAUGGAUAGUAUAGGCACAUGUGCUUUUGGCAUAGAUACGAAAACUAUGGAAAAGGCUUCAUAUGAUAAUCCCUUUACUCAUAUAGGGAGGGCUAUAUUUUUAGAAACUUAUUAUAGGGGUUUCAAAGUUUUCGCCCGCGCUAUCUGGCCCGCAAUCUUUUAUGGUGUUGGCAUGAAGAGUUUCCCCACGGAAGUGGAUAGAUUCUUUAACAAGUUGAUGACAGAAGUAUUUAUCGAACGACAAUACAAGCCAUCUAUGAGAAACGACUUUGUAGAUCUAGUGUUGGGUCUUAAUGAAAAAAAAUAUAUCACCGGUGACAGAAUAACAAAUAUGAAAGGCGACGAUAAAAAAAUAACUCUCAAAGUUGAUGAUGAAUUUCUUGUAGCACAAUGUUUACUAUUCUUUGCGGCUGGUUUCGAAACAUCAUCUACCACACUGCAGUAUACACUAUAUGAGCUUGCAAAGAGUCCAGCGGCACAAGAUAAAGCACUUAAAGAAAUAGAUGACUAUUUAAUUCGUCACAAAAAAAAAUUGGGUUACGAGUGUGUUACAGAGUUACCCUACGUUGAAGCUUGUAUCAACGAGGCUAUGCGUCUGUAUCCAGUUCUUGGAGUUCUAACACGUGAGGUGGUAGAGGAAUAUACUCUUCCAUGUGGUGCAGUACUGGAUAAGGGUGUGCGCAUCCAUAUCCCUGUGUAUCAUAUACACCGUCAUCCCGACUAUUUUCCAGAACCUGAAGAAUAUCGUCCAGAAAGAUUCUACGGAGAUGAGAAACAAAAUAUCAAACCGUAUACUUAUCUUCCAUUUGGAGAAGGACCUCGACUGUGUAUAGGUAUGCGGUUCGCGAGAAUGCAGAUGAUGGCUGGCAUUAUAACAUUACUCAAGAAAUACCGCGUAGAGUUGGCUGAGGAUACUCCUCGUAAGCUACAAUUAGGGGUAACAACCAUUAUAACCCAACCUGCGGAAGCGAUUAAGCUGAAACUCGUAGAAAGAGAGGGCUGGCAACAACGAACUUUAGCAUAAAUGAGUA